GUUGUUGUUAGGUGCCAUGGAGUGAGUUGUGGGAGAUAGGUUUACAUUCAACUACCUGUUUUGGAAAGUUUGGCUUUAUCUUAUUGAUUUUGCAUACAAAAACUCUACCAGAUGACACUGAAUAAAAAAUAUUAACUAUGCUGAUGUCUCUAACCAGAAUAGGUUUCCUGAUAGACCAAGAUGGACGAACACAAUCUAACAGUGCUGAAUGAAUUCAUUCUGACGGGAAUCACAGACCGUCCAGAGCUGCAGGUGCCAUUGUUUGGGCUGUUCCUCAUCAUCUACAUGAUCUCAGUGGUGGGCAACUUGGGCAUCAUCAUCCUCACCAAGGUAGACUCCAAGCUGCAAACACCCAUGUACUUUUUUCUCAGACACCUGGCUAUCACUGAUCUUGGUUAUUCAACAGCUGUGGGACCCAAAAUGUUGGUAAAUUUUGUUGUGGAUGAAAACACAAUCUCUUAUUAUUUUUGUGCUACACAGCUAGCUUUUUUUACUAUGUUCAUAACUACCGAACUGUUUAUUCUGUCAGCAAUGUCCUGUGACCGCUAUGUGGCCAUUUGUAACCCUCUGCUCUACACAGUCAUCAUGUCACAGAGGGUGUGUCAGGUGCUGGUUGCAAUCAUCUAUCUCUACAGCACAUUUGUUUCUCUUCUCAUCACCAUAAAGAUUUUUAAUUUACCCUUCUGUGGCUAUAAUGUCAUCAGUCAUUUCUACUGUGAUGCUCUCUCCUUGUUCUCUUUGCUCUGCUCAAACACACGUGAAAUCGAGUUGAUCCUGCUGCUCUUAGCAACUUUUGAUUUGAUUUCAUCCCUCCUAAUAGUUGUUAUUUCUUACCUGCUUGUUCUUGCAGCCAUUCUCAGGAUGAACUCAGCUGAGGGCAGGUACAAGGCCUUCUCCACCUGUGGAUCCCACCUGACAGUGGUGGUAGUGUUCUAUGGGACUUUAAUAUUUAUGUACAUGCAGCCCAAGACCAGUCACUCCUUUGACACUGAUAAAUUGACUUCUGUAUUUUACACCCUGGUUAUCCCCAUGUUGAAUCCCUUGAUUUAUAGCUUAAGGAACAAAGAUGUAAAAUAUGCCCUGCUUAAGACCUGGAGAAAAAAAAGCAAUGUAUUUUCUAAAGUUUGA